CAAAGAUGGCUGCGCCCAUGGAACUUUUCUGAGAAUGAAAAAAAAUCUCUACAACGCGCUGAAUCUCGAUCUUUUAUUUGUUUGCUUCUUAACAGAUUUAUAUAUUUAGUAAAUCCGCAGACGUUUGCUUUGAAAUUUCAUCUAAGCAACCCCGAUGGCCUCUAUUCUGGAUCAGUAUGAAGAGGAGUCGGCCAGGGCCACCAGCAUUUCCUCCGUCACCCCCAUCCAGGUCCCAAUUGGCCCAGGAUACAUUGAUGCAAGAACAGAUUUGGAUACACCUAUCUUCAGUAAAAAGAAAAUCAACUUUAAACCCUCAGACCCGCUCACACAUGUUGUGGUUUCCAGUAACUUCCUGGUGAUGGCCAUGAGCAACAACCUUCUCCUGAGACUGGACCUAGAACACCCGGACCAACAGGAAGAAAUUGAGCUACCAAAGGCCUCAGAAGACAAGGUGUACAGAUUGUUUCUGGACCCGACCGGGAAACACCUCAUCAUUUGUAUGGAGUCCACUGAAAACCUGUAUUUAUCCAGAAACUCCAGAAAACCCAGAUCUAUUGGUAAACUAAAGGGUCAUCUUGUGAAUGCAGUUGCUUGGAAUCUGCAGAACACAAAUGAGAACACAACUGGAGCCAUUUUACUUGGAACCAGUAGAGGACUGAUCUUUGAGACAGAAUUAACAGACAGUGGUGACAGCAGAUUUUUCCAGGGCAGUCUGGACCAGUACCUGAAACAGCUCUUUAACUUGGCCAAGGACAAGAUAGUCCCCAUCACUGGACUGGAGUUUGACAGGAUGCCAUCAGACUCCAUGACGGAGUACAAAUACUACAUCCUGGCUACUACUCCAGGGAGGUUGUAUCAGUUUGUUGGAAAUGUAUCCAAGUCCACAGACCCCCCUCUAUUUCAACAGCUGUUCAUGCAGUAUGAAAGUGGAGCAGAACAGUUCUUGGAGCUUCCCGGAGAGUUUGGAUACAGUGAACUGACCAUGUACAGACCCCGUCAUGCCAAAUGUGUCAAGAGCUUUGCCUGGAUGACAGGUCCGGGUGUGUACCAUGGUGAGAUAGAUGUCUCAGGAACAGCAGGACCUCAGUCUGUGACCGUCAACACCAAACUAAUCAGAUAUCCUCGAGAUGGAGAUGAGAAAUCCCAGAAUCCACUCUCCAUGGUGAUGACCGAAUUCCAUGUUCUCCUUUUGUUUCCAGACAGAUUAAAAGUGAUGUGUGUUUUAAACGAGCAGCUGAUUUACGAGGAUGUCUUUCCAGAUAGGUUUGGGAGGUUACUUGGGCUGUGUUCCGACCCAGUGAAGGGAACUAUUUGGGCAUUUACAGGGCAGAGCAUCUUCAAGUACAAAGUGACUCGGGAGGCCAGAGAUGUUUGGCAAAUGUACCUAGACAAGAAUGAAUUUGAGCUAGCAAAGGAAUAUUGCAGAGACAAUGUGGCUCAGCUGGACAGAGUACUGACAAAACAAGCAGAGUACCUGUUUGAAAAAGGAGAAUAUCAAGAGAGUGCCAUGAUGUAUGCUCAGACACAGAACUCUUUUGAGGAGAUUGCUUUAAAGUUCAUCAAGCUGGAUGGGAAAGAUGCACUCAAAUCCUUUAUACAGAAGAAGUUGUCUGCUCUGAGACACCAGGAUAAAACCCAGAUAACAAUGCUGGUGACAUGGCUGAUAGAGAUUUUCCUGAACCAGCUAGGCGAGAUGAAGGAACAAGGGCAAGAUGAGUCUGAUGAGUACAGGAAGGUUCAAGAGGAGUUCCGAGUGUUUCUAGCUCAGCCCAAAAACAAGGAAUGUGUCAGUAAUAACCGAGGGGUGGUGUAUGACCUGAUAGCUAGUCAUGGAGAUGUAGAGGACAUGGUCUUUUUUGCUGUGUUAAUGCAAGAUUUUGAGAAGGUGAUCACCCAUCACAUUCAACAUGACAACUAUAAAGGGGCCCUGGGUCAGCUUUCAAAACAGACGGACACAGAGUUGGUGUACAAGUUCUCUCCCCUGCUGAUGCAGUACAUUCCCAGGGAGACGGUCAGUCUGUGGAUCAGUCUGAGGGGCAGCCUGGAGCCCAUAAAACUGAUCCCUGCCCUGGUCCAGUACGACCACAACAAAAACCGGGAGCAGGGAAAUGAGGCCAUUAAAUACCUGGAAUUUUGUAUAGAACAGUUGGAUAACAAGGACCAGGCUAUCCAUAACUACCUAUUGUCUCUGUAUGCCAAACUCAAACCUGACCAACUCAUGACAUACCUCAACAUACAGGGAACGGAUGAAGAUACGAUAUGCUACGACCUGAAGUACGCCCUGAGACUGUGUGCUGAGCAUGGACACAAGAAGGCAUGCGUCCACAUCUACUCUCUGAUGGGACUCUAUGAGGAGGCUGUCGAUCUAGCACUCCAGGUGGAUGUUGAGCUGGCCAAACAACAAGCAGACAAACCCGAUGAAGAUGACAAUGAUCUCAGGAAAAAACUUUGGUUAAGAAUCGCCCGCCAUGUUGUGGAAGAAGAGAAAGAUGUGAAGCGAGCCAUGGAGUUCUUACAUGACUGUGAACUGCUCAAGAUAGAGGACAUCCUCCCAUUCUUCCCUGACUUUGUUACCAUUGACCACUUCAAGGAUGCCAUAGUAACAUCUCUACAAGAAUACAACCACCACAUUGAACAGCUGAAGGAAGAAAUGGAUGAUGCCACUAAAAGUGCAGAGGAAAUCCGAAAGGAGAUCCAGAGCUUUAGAAACAAAUAUGCCUUUGUGAGUGCAACAGACAAAUGUGCUGCCUGUAACUUUCCUCUAAUGGCCAGAAGCUUUUAUUUAUUUCCAUGCCAUCACAAGUUUCACAGUGACUGCUUGAUAGGGGAGGUGCUGCCAAACUUGACCAGUAAAAAGCGACAGAGAGUUGAGGAGCUACAAAGAAAAGUGGCUGAAAAUGAGGACUCAAGAGCCUUGUCUGUCGGUGUAAGAGGAGACAACUCAACAGACAAAUCAAAAGACACAAAGGCUGAGUUAGACGAUUUAGUGGCAUCAGAAUGCAUCUAUUGUGGAGACCUAAUGGUCAGGAGCAUAGAUCAACCGUUUCUGGAUGAAGGCGAUGAGGAUCUUGUUCUUAGUGGAUGGCUUUGAAUCGAGUUUCAGGAAUUGAUAUCUAGACUCGCUAUUUUGUGAAAACAAACAUCAAGUGCUUACUGUUAACUUGAAAACCUGUUGUUGCUUUGUUUGUAAGAAAGUUGUAUUUCUUGAUGUGCAAUAUUACAUGUAUGGUACAUGUAUUACAAUGUAUGUACCAGAAUAAAUUUUAUAUUUAUAAUUA